CCUCUGGCCAAAUUAUUGGCCCAUCUUAUCUGCCUAUCAAUCACCACUCACUCCUAUCCUCAGUCUAGCACGAUGCGAUUUGCCAUGUGGCGGGACCAGGAACCUGGGUAUGGUUCAUCAGAUAGUAUCCGGGAAGCAUGUUGAUAUACAAAUAUGAUUGUAUGUCGCCCUGUUCAAUCUGGCCUCCGCGGCAGACAGUACCGUCACACAAAAGCAUCUGUGUAAGUGCUUCUCGACCAAGAACAAUCUACGCCUUACUUUCGACAUGGCUCUUCGCGAGAGGCUUUCUACCGUGCGAUACGCACUGUCAUCACCCGGACGGUUCGCAGAGGCUUUGCGAGUCGACAACAAUGAGCCCGAGCACUUGAAGGGGAAAUACGGCAAGUGGUCGAACAAGGACUUGGACCCGACACCACCUGAGCAGAGACUCUGGACUUCGUGGUCCUUCUUUGCCUUCCAGUUCAGCAUUGCCUUUUCGCCCACCACGUACAAUGUUGGUGCCAGUCUGUACGCCAUUGGUUUGAACUGGUGGAUUAUCUUUAUUGCUUCAAUUAUUGUAUCCAUCUUAAUCGCCACACUGAUUGCUCUGAACGCACGAGGCGCGGCCUGGUAUCAUGUCGGAUAUCCUACAUUUGUGCGAUCAUCCUCUGGCAUCUAUGGCUCGCUCAUCUUCCUCUUCUUGCGAGGGGCUGUUGCUAUUCUCUACAUGGCCAUUCAGACAUUCUACGCUGGCAAGUUUAUGGCGGUCAUGCUUCGCUGUGUCUUUGGCCACAGGUGGACCGACAUUCCCAACCGCUUACCAGAAACUGCUGGUAUCACGUCUUCGGAUCUCCUCGCGUUCGCCUUGCUGUGGUUUAUUCAAUUCCCGUUUGCCUUUGUCCAUCCCAGCAAGGUCAACAUUGUCUUCAAGAUCAAGUCCAUUGUGGCCCCCCUUGGCCUCUUUGCCACACUCAUCUGGGCGUUGGUCAGCAGCAAAGGUGCCGACUUCACGGGGUUGAGCACCACCGAGUCCGCCUCAGGGGCAGCGCUGGGCUGGUCCUUUAUGAAGGCCAUCAACACCAUUGUCUCCAACGUCAUUCCUCCCCUGGUGAAUAUCGGCGAUCUCGCGCGCUAUGCAGAGCGUCCACGGCAGACGCUGCCCAUGCCGAUCGGUCUCGUCGUGAGCAAGCCGCUGGUGACGCUGCUGGGCAUGAUCAUCACAGCCGCGGGAUACAAGCAGUUUGGCGAGGCGUACUGGAACCUCUGGGACUUUUACUCGAGCAUUCUCGACAAGUACUGGAGCCCGGGGGCACGGGCGCUGGUGUUUUUGGCUGCGACGAUUCAGGCAUUCGCGACGUUUGCGACGAAUCUCAGCAGCAACUCUAUCCCUGUGGGCUGUGACCUGGCUGGCCUGUUCCCCAAGUACUUCACUAUUGUGAGGGGCCAGAUUCUGUGUUUUGUCCUGGCGUGGGCUUGUGUUCCGUGGAAGCUCACAUACUCAGCCUCGUCCUUCCUGACGUUCCUUGGCUCGUAUUUGUGUUUCAUAUGCCCCAUUGUUGGCAUCAUGGUCGUGGACUACUGGGUUGUACGCAAGGGCAACAUCCACGUGCCCUCACUGUACUCGACCACGCCAGACUCGCCAUACUUCUACUACAAGGGUUUCAAUCUACGAGCUUUCGCGGCGUGGGUCAUUGCCAUUGCGCUCGUCAUUCCCGGUGUCGCGGGCGCCAUCAACCCUGGCUCCAUUGGCAUAGCCUCCACCCGGAUCUACAACAUGGGCUUCCUCCUGUCGACCAUUGUUGGUGGUUUGCUGUACUACGUCUUCUCCAUCGUGUGGCCCGUGAGCCUGUAUCCACCUCAGUAUGCGGAUCGCAGCAAGGCGUGGGAGAUUAUGAGGUACACCGAGGGCUUUUUCCCGGAAGAAGAGGGUUCGCGCGCGCCAUCUGAGCGAGAGGAGGUGGUGAUUGACGGGAAAGCUUUCGAUGGGAGCUCGAGGGCGGCGACGGAGCCCGAGACUGCUGACAAGGGAGAGAAGUGAGGAGGACGUGGUGAUUUCUUUGAGUCAUAGCGGAUAGACGAGGCGAAUUUAGGUUGGUUGUGGGCUUGUGAAUGCAACUGCGUGCGAGGUCUGGAGUGCUCUAUGAACUACUCAUCCUCUAUGCUUAUCUGAUAUACUUUGAGCCUACCACUUGCUCAGGAAGACAGACUAUUGACUCGAGCCUUUUGAACGAUGAACCAUCUUAGCAGAUCUGCAACUGCAAUGCCCUCGAAGCACGGGUCUCAGGCUACAUGUACCAUGCGAUCAAGGAUUGAUUUGAUUCAAUACUAAAAACACCAUGUGUCUACGUGCGAUGGAACAGCGGUAGCAAGGGGUGGCAGACACUUUCAAUCG